AUGGCCGACUCCAUCGACCGCGUCUUCGGCCACGCCCUCAACACCGUCAACAAAAUCCGGCCUGGCUCUGAAAAACCACCCUCCGAAGACCGCCUCGCGCUCUAUGGCUUGUACAAACAAUCAAUGGAAGGCGACGUCGCCGCCAUCGCCGACCGGCCCGCGCCAAACUCCAACGACGCAUCAGCGGAAAGCGUGCGCAAGGAGCAGGAGAAAUGGGAUGCGUGGAAAGCGAACGAGGGCCUGACGAGGACGGAAGCGAAACGGCAGUACAUUGAGAAGUUGAUUGAGACGAUGCAUAAAUACGCCUCGACGACGGCGGAAGCGAGGGAAUUGGUGGAGGAGUUGGAGUUUGUAUGGGAUCAGGUGAAGAACAACAGUCAGCAGCCGAGUAGUGGAUCGGAGCACAGUUCUCCGUUGAGACCGGUUGAAAGGAGUGGAUAUAUUCAGAACGGCAGCUCGUCUGGCCCUGGGAUGGGGAGCUCGGCGGCCGGGAUGGAGGGGAUGGGAAAUGCGGCGGAGGGAGAACGACUGAUGCGAGUGUUGAGUCCGGUCUCGCAGGCGGAGGCGGAGGAGAUGCUCGAGGAUGAAGGGGACGAGUUUGUUGAUGCGCCGGUCUCGCAGGUGGGGGAGGGCGACAUGCAGGAUCUGUCCGAGGGAGCUGGGAGUGAGGGCAGAGCAGACGCUGGCGUCCAAGCUGUACCUGCGCUGAGAGCACCACAAUCGAGUCGAAUCGAUGUUCGGUGGCGGAGAAGAAUAGAGAAUAACCUGAUGAAGCUUACAACAGAAGUGGCGGCUUUGCGGGAACAAUUAGAGUCAUCACGAUAUCUGAGAAACAAGAGCAGGAAGACUCUGUUCAGGUGGAUUCUUCGACUCAGCUGGUGGGCGGUCCAGCUGAUCGUCACGGACGCUGUAGUGCUCUGGAUCGUGAUCCUCUACAUGCGGCGAAAGGACGACAGGAGGCUUGAGGGUGCUGUGCGGGUGCUACUGGGCGAUGCAGUGGCGCAGGUACAAAAGGUCGGCAGAGAAGUGAAGAUGCCAGCGUUACCUAAGAUUGGCAAGAAAAGUUGA